AUUCAGUAGGGAGGCUACGUUCGUUUUUUGACAGGUAGCCGUAAACGGAAGCGGAAAUUUCCGCUUCUGGAAAAGCCUCUCAUCACCUCUCCUGUCCAUUCUUCUCCCAAAAGGCCACAAAGUCACCAUAGGGAAAGGCUCAUGGACUGAAGUGCCUGUCAGCGAUUGAGAAAUUCAGUCAAAAGCCAUUCCUAUAUCCUUUACUUAGCAGGUCUAGGACAAAACCACCAUCAUGACCCACUCAAUGCUGCGACGCCAACUGAAGAACCUUGUUCAGAACUUCUCUGAGGCAGAGGUCAAGGUUCGGGAAGCGACCUCUAAUGACCCCUGGGGGCCAUCGAGCUCCCAGAUGGCCGACAUCUCAGACCUGACCUACAAUGUUGUGGCAUGUAACGAGAUUUUGGCCAUGCUCUGGAAGCGCCUCAAUGAUGACAAGAAUUGGAGGCACGUGUACAAGUCUUUAACCCUUCUUGAAUAUCUAUUGAAAACGGGCUCUGACCGCAUCCCUCAGCAGUGUGUGGAGAACAUUCACAUUAUCAAAAUCCUAACAGAAUACCGCUUCACAGACAAGGAUGGAAAGGACCAGGGGGUGAAUGUGAGAGAAAAGGCUAAGAUAGUGAUGGUGCUGAUUGAGGAUGAGGACAAAAGGAAAGAGGAGAGAGAUUUUGCAAUGAAGACAAAAGACAAGUUGGCAAAGGCUCCCAAUGCGUCCUCUGCUACAGGACCAGAAAAAGAAAAGCCAGAGAUCCCCCCGUAUACAGGGCUGCCCUCCCUGGACAACAUCCCAUCAGUGGCUGACCUGACCGCCGCCAUGGCCAAGAAGAAAGAGGAGCAGAAACGUCUGGAGGCCGAGAGGAAAGAGGCAGAGAGAAGGGCAAAGGAAGGUGACACAGAGCCAGAUCUUUGGGAAAAAGCAGCAACAGCAGCACCUCCGUCCAGCUCGGACCCCUGGGGAGCCCCAUCCGACGCGUCCAACGAAUCCGCCCCUGCUACCAACGACCCAUGGGGGGCAUCAUCUGAUGACGCAAAGAAAUCCAGUCCAACUACCAAUGAUCCUUGGGGUGGAUCUUCUGAUGGGAAAAAUGGAUCUGCACCCACAUCCAAUGAUCCAUGGGGAGGAUCUGCCAGUGACGAGAAUGGUUCUCCACCUGCCUCCAGUGAUCCUUGGGGAGGAUCUACGAAUGUUGAGAAAAGUUCUCCACCUGUUGCCAGCGACCCAUGGGGCAACUCUGCUGGACUUUCAGAGGAUAAAGCCCCGUCAACAAACGAUCCAUGGGGGGAAACGGCGAAAGACUCGUCAGUGACGUCAGAUCCUUGGGGGGCACCGGCGGAUAAUGUACAGGAUUCAGCGCCUGCAAACUCUGACCCCUGGGGGGCAUCACCAGCCACGUCUGAUCCAUUUGGUGAUGGUUCAAAUGCAGCUAAUGACCCUUGGGGCACAGCAGUGUCUUCACCCCCCACUGCGAAUGACCCCUGGGGUGCCCCAUCAGCUCCGACUAAUGCUAUGACGACUGGUGACCCUUUCGGUGAUGGAGGUAGUUCAGAUCCCUGGGGAGGUUCUUCUGAGAAUGGUGACACUGCUACAAAACCUGCUGAUGAGACCAAAAAGCCAGCGUCCUUCCUGGGAGCAGGUGCUUCAUUGGUGGACUUGGACUCUCUUAUGUCAGUCAAGCCCAAACCGAAACAGCCCCCUCUCAGCGCCAUCUCCACUCAAAAAGCCCCGGAUGUAGGUGUCUUAGGAGGCUCUGGAUGGACCAGGACAGACGGGUGUACCUUUUAGAUUAACCAAGAUCAUGACGGAUUACAAAGAAAUGGAUGAUGGUGAUUAAGAUGUGGAAUAAGUAAGAAAUUCUCAGAAAAUCUUAAUCUCUCCAAGAAAGAGGCCAGGUGAGAGAGAUGGGAAAAAACAAAGAGAAGAACAAGGUCAUUUUUGAUUGACUGCAAGACUUAAGACCUAUUUCAUCUCUGUGCUGAGCUAAAAAAAAAACAUCUCUGAAUAUUCAAAAGAUCAGAAGAUCUAUCAGAUAUAUCAGAAGAUUUUUCCUUUGACUUUGGGUGCUUUGAGGACAUAUUGGCCAUAUUUGUUGGUCGUGGAUGAACGAAGGGAACAUGUUUAACACUUUCUGAGCCAUUUCUGCAUUUCACCAGCUGUGAACAAACUACACUUUUAUAUGGAAACCUAAGGAAGCCAU